CAGAAAAUCGAUCUAGAUAUGCUGGGAAUGGGUAAUCGAAAAGUGGAGACAUUCUCUAUAGCGAUGCCGGAAACACUCUCGACGAGUUCAACACCGAGCGCCACCGAAGGGUCCGGAAACACUCUACCAACUUACGCAACGACAAUGCCAUCAACACCGACAGCAACCAAAUCGAGCGGCGAGGAAACAGCAACAUCAAAUACUAAGUACUUUUCCUGGCAUCUCCGAGUAAUUUAG